UUCCAGGAUCGCGAGACUUCCGAUGUCGUAAUAUUUUUGUUUUGCAGCAUGCGUUAUUUUACUACUACUGGUAUUAGUAACCUCAGGUUUUCUUUUAGUUGUAGCGACCAACACAAUGUUGUAUUUGUAGUAAAGUAUAAUUUAUUGACAUGUGAUGAAAUUUAAAAUAAUAUUAAAACCUAAAACAUUUUAUCGUUUUUUAAAAUGGUAGUUUAUAAAGUGUUUUCCAAUUGCAUCGUUCAAACAUACAAAACUAGUAUUUGUUCGAAGGUUACACUCAUCUAUAUGGUUUUCUUGAUUUUGACGUUUGUACCUCCAUUUUUAAUCGCAUACAGAAGCCAAGGAUUCUGGAAGAAAACUGAAGUAUAUCAAGAACAACCAGAUGUACAUUUUAAACAUCAACUGAUCAUUAUACUAGAAAAUAAAAGUCAUGGAGAAACUCUAGUGUGGAGUACAUUCUCUCAGCUUAACAAUGUUGUUCAAAAUAAUCUUCGAAUACCAGUUAUAAAGACAAAAGAAGAGGAUGUAAAUAAAGAUGGAAGGUUUGAUUCACUUGAUCUCAAGGUUGAAAUGCCAUUACAUGAUGAAGAGGAAGUCUAUUCUGUGAAGAUGUUGCUGUUUUUUGAUUACGAGUUAUAUGUUAGUAUGCUGUUUUCCCUUAUUUCAAAUGAUGAACAAACUUAUUCAAAUCUACGAAUGGAGGGAUUAGGAUACUUCUUUUAUAAUAGUCCUCUUGCUGGCUCUCAGCUGUUUAUGAUUGGGGAACUUCGACUUCAUCAGCGAGAACCACUUAGUAACAAAGGACGUGAUGAAAGAUUUAAUAUACCUAUUAUUGAUACAAAUGACCGUAAUACUGAGAAGUAUACAAUAGAAAAAAUACUAAAUUCAUAUGUUAGACGAAAUGUUACUACAUACCUAGGGAAUGAGUAUGUAGACUGGAAAACAGGAAGAGGAGCAAAAAAACCAUUCAUUAUUUCUUUGAACAUUCUUUACCCAGAAGAAACAAUUAUCUACAAGACUGGAUUUUGGCAGCUUUUGAAAUGGGCUUGGAUUCAGUAUGCAGCUAUGUUGUUAAUCUUUCUAUAUAUCAUUCACCAGAUUAAAGAUUUUGUGUUCAGAAAUCAGCUGUUCAGCACCAUAGUUGAUAAUCCUCUAAAGAAACACUAAUAAUCAUAUAAAAGGAGAGAAAAAGUUUAGAUGUGUGAAAAUUAAAGCUAGUUUUUAUUUCAUCAGGUAUUUCAUGUAUAUGGUCUCUGUUUUUUUUUUUUAGGGUAAUUCAAAGAAAUGAAUUGAUACAAGUUAUAACUCAUUUACCACUGUUCUGUAAGUUGCAUAUGAAUGUAAUCAUAUUGUUUAACAAACCUGUAUUUCUAUAGCAUUCUAGCUUUUAUAGUAUCUACUUUCAUUCAAGUAAAAUUGUAAAUUGACAUUGAUAUUUAUUGAUUAAAAUAAAAUGUUUAUAAGUCAGAAGUAAAUAUUUAUAGUUGAUAUUCAAAGUAUUAUUUACUCUGUAAUAUUCAUUUUGAUGUGUGGAAAUCUCAUAGGCAAUAUAAGUUCCAAACAUAUGUUGUUCUUUAAUCAAUUAUAUGGACAAUUUAUCACUGUCAUUCAAAUCAAAACCAGAACCAUUUCAUCAACCAAUGAUGAAUCAGAAGCACCUAAUUAUCAGGUUCGAACACCACCAGCUAGUCACAAUCCACAUCAAACAUCAUCACCAAAUACCUUAUACACAAAGUGUAACAUUUCUUAUUCUGAAAUGUUGUCAUCUUAGCUUUCUGUGCUGAACCAAUUUCGGUAAUGUUCUAUUGUCUGUGCAAGGCAUUUGAUGUGUAUUUGCAUCUUUGUUUCAUUAGUUUUUGUUUGGUCUCUCAAUUGCUGCUCGGUGAUAAGUCUGAGGGCUUAUAACUAAAAAUCAUGUUAUGAUACCAAUGGUGGGCAGAGCACAGAUAGCCUAUUUGCAUAGCUUUGUGCUUAACAAGAAAAUUUGUGUUCAGUAUCCUUUUGUAUUAAGUGUGUAACAAAUUUCAGCAGUGAUAUUAGGGUGUUGUAAGUUGCCAAUUCAGAACUUAUACAACAAAUAGAAUUUGUAAGAAAAAGAAAUAUUUUACUUAAAAAGUGGAACCUCUUAUAUAAUUAUCAGACUUGGCUUUGGAGAUUUUUUUUAUUUACCAGUGUUUAUUAAGAAAAACAAACAAACAAUAUUUUAAACAACUUAUUUAUUAAAUGGAAUGUUGGUAUACUUUGGUGACAGAUUUUCUUGUAGGCAGAUUUUGCUGAAUAAGACCGAUGUCUGUAGGUUUACUUUCUUCUUGAGAAGAUUUCCAAGAAGAAAGUAAACCUACAGACAUCGGUCUUAUUCAACAAAAUCUGCUUAUUAAAUGGAGUAAACCCAAAGUGAUAAUGCCACUUUUGUUUUAGCCAGAAUAAGGUUUUAAAAUCUUUGAAGCCAUCUCUAAAUAACUUGUUCAAUGCUGACCCUGCUAUGUUAACUUGACCAUUCAAAUUAUUACAAUGUUUUUAGAUGAUUUUGAAAUAAAGUAGAUAGUCCCAUACUAUAUGUUUAAUCAGCUUUAAGGAAUCUUAACAUUGCAACUACACUUUAAAAAUUUUCAGUGAUUAAUGUUUAUUUUUGUAUUUCACUCACAUUUGGUUUAUAUCAUCAUCCAUUGGAUAUUUAUGUGCUACAUAAUAUAAAGAAAUAUACCCAACUUAAGCCUGACUUUUAGACUUAUUUUGUCCCACCGUAGCUUACAUUCAGUUUGAAAUUGAAAAAAAUAAAGCAAUUAUUAUAUCCCAAAACAUAAUGUUUAGAUGUAAAUUUGUAUUUAUGUGUAUGUAAAAAUAUAAUGUUCAGUGGAUAAAACGAGAUUUUUCACUUGUUUUAUGGUUUGAGUAACAAGUUUUAUGUUUUUCACUUGUUCUUUUUUCUCAUGACUAAAAAGUGAUUCUGUUGUGAUUCUUAUAUUUCACAGUUUCUUUUCAUGAAUUGUUUUCAAGAUCUGUCCACACACUUCAUUGUAACAACAGAAAUCAUCUCAAUUCAAGGGAGAAUUAAAGUUUUGAUUUCAUUUCCAA